AUGUUCGUUCUUCACCCCUCAAGUCGCUGCGAUGUCUGUCUCGAAGGGUUCAGCUGGGAAACGGAGAUGGCUCCGUUUGCCAUCCCCUGUGGACAUGUAUUCUGCAAGACCUGUCUGGAAGCUGUUAUUCCGCCCAAAUGCCCUCUAUGUCGCAAGAAUUACGACCCAACUCGCCUGAAGAAGCUACAUGUCGAUCGACCGGAGGGGAUGGAUGAUCCGAAGGAGGGGGAAUUUCUGCAGAGGAUAGCGCUGUCGUUUGAUGCACCGGAAGAUCAUUUGCAGGAGUUGGUGGAGGAGUUGGACGCUUGGUUGAGGGAAAAGGAUCCUGAAUCGUGUCUACCGGUACGCAAGGCGCGAAUGGCACUCGACAAAUACCAAGAGCUACGGUUUAUGGGCAUCGAGAGCAAGCGGGAGAUUUCGCGGUUGAGGCAGGAUCUUACGGAGCUGAGGCAAGUCAUGGCGGCGGAAAAAGACCAGGCAAGCCUGAUAGAAAGACGACUACUGGAGGAAAAGGACGGAUUGGAGAUCCAGCUCGACUCGUACAGAACCGAACUCGAACAACUGCGCUCAGAAAUCCACCGCCGUACACUCAAAAACCCUCUUCCGCCACCUCCACAACCGGUUUCGUUUGCCCGAUACCCGCCGUUCGACCCCAAGUUUAACCAGGGCACGGCUCGAUGGUACAACGAUGCCGGCCAGUCGAUGUUGAUGCCCACGAAGUACCCGCCGAAUGGCUUGGCGUACGUCCGGCCUUGGAUGGAUGAUGAGCGCGAGAACCAACACCAUGUGCUCAACGAGUCCAAUGGUGCUAGGCGGGACCGCAAGGGCAAAGCGAGCGACCCCAACUCGGAGCUCUAUCGGUCGGUGUACGUCGCCAACCCCGCCGCUGCCGCUUCGACAUCGUCCAAUGGAGUCCCUUCGACGUCCCAGCUGGAAACGCCUCGGACAAAACCUGGGAUCAUACCAGGCGCGUCCGCGGCUUCUGGGUUCAUGCCGCCCGACCCCGAGAACGAAAAGGAGCGAGGGUUCCAUGCGUAUAGAACCCCAGAAUCGUCGCCCAGUAGGAGGUCGAAGACGCCCAAGCCACUAUUCGACCCGGCGAGGGAUGCGGUCGAUCCGUACACUUUGACUGCCGCGCUUCUCCCAGAAUACGUGAACGGCUAUACGGAAGGCUUCUCGUCGGCACUGCAGACUGUUCAGAAUGCUGCUGCCUCGGGGAGCAGGUCGUCGAAGGAGCCGGAGGCGAGCACUUCGGCGUCUGGAUCUGGGUCUGCGUCAGCGUCUAGUUCAACGCAGCCGGACGAGAGGGCGGAGAGGAGGGAGCGCAGACGUCGUGAACGGGAGAAGGAGAGGGAGAAGGAAAGGGAGGGGCGUAGGGAUCGAGAGAGGGACAGAGAAAGGGAUCGAGAACGAAGGGAGCGACGUCGCGAGCGACCCUCGGAUGAGGAUCGUGAAGGUGGAGACAGGGAGCGCGAUCGUGAGCGGGAGAGGGAACGAAGGCGGGAACGAAAGCACCGCAAACCCACCUCGGAAAACCUCGCCGAUGCUAUUGCAGCUAUUUCAUCUGCUGAGACGCGCCGUUCUCGAAGAGACAGAGAGCGAGAGCGGGAACGGGAAAGGGACAGGGAACGGGAAGAAGGGCCCUCAUCCAGUAAUCGUGAACGACAACGUCGGCGUAGGACCUCGGACGCAGACGCUGCUCAUCGGACACAGGCACAGGCGCAAGCCACCCUGGCUAGUAUCCUCUCUGACAACCCUUCGCGCGCCCGUCGAAGUUCUACAGCACGGCCUGCAACUAGCGCACCUCAAAUAGAUUCACAGCCAACUAUCGUUCCAAGCAACCCUCAAACUAACCCACCAGCUCUACCUGCCCCUACUCAAUCUACGGUACCCUUGGCCCAGCCUACACCCCGUCUACCGGCGCAACCACCGCCAAUGCCUCCGCCCGAGCCUCAACCAACCGUCGGGGGUGAACCUCUUCUUGCAACUCCAGCUUCGAGGCACAGCAUCCAGAGCGAUGCCAGCGCAAGCUCGUGGGGGACAGUUUCAAGCGGACCUAAUCCCAAUGACGCGACACCAAACAGCUUCGCAUCCCUCAACCUUCGAACAUUCUCGAGGUAUCCUGCUCAGGCUUUGAAUGCCGCGCAACCUCAGGUUAAUGGCAAUGCCAACCCCCAGAGAAGUCCUCGGCGCGCACACUUUACUCAGCAGGAGGAAGAGGAGGAAUCAAGUAGUAGCGAGGAGGAGAGCGAUGACGAGCAAGAGGAUCCCUCUCCCGUCGUUAUCCAGCCUGCACCCAAUGGUCGACACCACCCCUCAAGGAAUAAUAGUCACACAAACGUUGCCACUCUCGUCGCACCCGUUCCUACGCGCCCGGAAACUGCUAGCAACCUCAUUAACCACUCCCAACAUCGACAACAGCGCACCCCGUACCAGAUGUCAGCUUCAGCUGCUCCUACCGCCCCUUCUUACCCCACCUCUGCGCCGGCUCAUGGAUCCCGACAUACCCAGGCGAUGACCGUGUCCAAUCAUUACCAGAACCCUACGUUGCCCUACCAGAAUCAAGGGUCGAGGCCUACCAGCGUCGCUGUAUCUUCAGGGUCCGCCGGAGAGUCGCACGGAAGGAGUCACCGCCAUCAGCAAGUCCAACCCCAGCAACAGCUGCAGCGCUCACAACAUGAGACCGGUCGACACCGUGGCCAUUCCCACUCGCACUCCCAUCCCCCUCCCCAGCAGCAACCGCACACUGCCCACCCUCUUUCGCACCAGACUAACCACCUGGUCCAACUCAAUGUGUACACCAAUGGACAUGUUAAUGGGGCGAAUGUGAAGGGUGAUCCAAGGCCUCGACGACUUUCUUCCGCUGCUCCUCCCGAUGUCAUGGCUUCCGCUGUUUCCUCCCUGUCCUCGCUCUCUCUCCACAGUCUCCGUGCGCCUCCUCCCAACUCGGCGCCUGUCAACUGGCCGUCGACCAGCCAACCGGAAUCCUCGUCGGAGGAGGAAGAUGAUGAUGAUGAAGAGGACUCCAGUUCCGAAGAGGAGGGUCAGGUUGUGGGUCAGAACCAGGGUUUACCUCCCGGUACCGCUCACACUGGGAACGCCCUCGGUCUCGCGAUACCCCCCAACUGGGCUGUCGGCGCUCAACAUCCCGAUGGACAAAUACCCAUUAGCGCACCUGCACCUAGAGUGUCGAGUCGUGCGUUUUUGCGUUCGUUCAGUCAUGAAGACUAUGCUUGA